AUGUCUUCUUCGUCCCACAACCGACCAGUCUCUUCUGUACAAGGUGGCGCAUCCCACAUUAGCGGACCAGCCAACUCUGAUAAACCCUUAAGUGGAGAUUGGAUGCGCACGAAGCAAAAUAAUCCUGGAGAUUUGAAGGAUGCAUAUCAUCCCAGUACCGGAAGGGAUAAGAGUCUCGUUGAUCACGCAAGAAAAAUCUACGAUGAACUGAAGUUCCAAGGUUCGAACGCUAUGCAAGCCGCAUCGGAUAUGAUGAAGACCGGGGAACAAGAAGUUGGGGGCAAUCACUUGUUCGACAAAGCCGACGGCACGGAGAAAGAAGGAGCUAGAAUGGGAGGAAUGUUGAACAAGUAUACCGAUGAGGCCGCGCCUGGCGAAAGCUCGUAA